AUGAAUCAAUGCAAGAAACUUUUUGAAAUGUGCUUGGACGUUGUUACUCGUAACAUAAACAACUAUGUAGAAUAUCUAGAUUAUUUACCAGAAUAUGUAAAGUUCAGAAUAUUAGUACGAGUUACAAAGCUGAAAUAUGGAAUUCACGACGAUAAUGUAAUGAAAAGUUUAAUACAACCUGGUUUAAGAAUGCUCAAUUUUUCAAGUUCAACAAUAACUGAUGAAUCCUUGAAUAUUAUUUCACAAUGCAAGUUGAUGAAUAGAAUAACAUUUAGUAAAGCAAAUUAUCAGAUGACUUCAGAAGGAUUCAUAUCUUGCUUCUCAAAAUUACAACACUUACAGGCUCUAUAUAUUUCUGACUGUGAGGUUUUUGUCGACUCAGUAUUAGAUUGUUUAAAAGAUUAUUGCUGCCAAUUAGCUGAAUUGGAUAUUGGAGGCUGUAAUGUAACUGAUGAAGGAAUGAAAAGUUUAUCUUUAAUGAGAGAAUUGGCUUCAUUGAACAUUUCACGAACUAAAGUUACUGAUACCGGUUUAAAGUAUUUAACAAGCGGUCCCAUUCGUAAAGCAUUAUGUGAACUACGAAUGUGUUCCUGCCCAAUUACAGACGUAGGAGUAAAUAUAGUUGCAAAUACUUGUCCAGCACUAGCUACUCUGAUUUGCAAUGACUGUGAUAUCAAAGAUAUGUCUUCUUCAUUCCGAGUGUGGAAAACACCAAUGAAGCAAAUAUCUUGGACAAUUAAUUUUGACAAACCACCAUUAUUCUAAUUUGAUUGAAAUAUUUAUUUUUAUUGUUAGGAGACAAUUAUGAAGAUUUAGUUUUCAUAGAAUUUAUACUUAAGUUAUUUAACAAA